AUGAAUGAGGCGAGAAUCUCGCAUAGGAGUGUUUCCUCUUUCGUUCUCAGCGAGCCGGGCGGCGUCGCCAACUUCCUCGAAAAGAGUGCCCUGGGGCUCAGAACCACCGCUCGGCUCGUCAAUGAUGGCAAGUACUGGGAGCUCAAGGGGAAGAAGCUCUGGGCGACCAACUCGGCCAGGGGGGAUUUCAAAGGCACCGACCCGUCAUGCGUCGUGUGUCGGGACAUCAUCAACCCGCCCUCCUCAAGGGAUGAGAACGACCCGAAGGACGCGAUCAUCAUUCUCCUAGUGACGCGCGCAGAUAUCGAUGCUAGCGCGCUAGGGGCAUUCGAGACGAUCCGGCACAUCACCACAGUCGGCCUCCCGUCUAUCUCAAGCCCACAUAUCCGCUACAACAACGUCUGCGUGCCCGCCAGAAAUGUGCUCUGCCCGCCGGGCCAAGGUGCUGACGUCGCCAUAGCCACUUUUGAUGCCAGCGCUGUCCCCGUUACCGUGAUGAGGCCCGAUUUGUUGCGGACGGCCUUCAACGCAGCUUUGGCUUUUGCGAAGUGUGAUGACCGCUGUGGUGUCGUGCAGCUCUUCGAGCGGGAGAUGGCUGUUGGCGUCAAGGUCUAUUCCAGUGAAGCUGUGGUACAGACAGCUACGGAUGCCAGCCAAACAGUAGGAAUCACAGCGUACGAUGCCGAUCAACCUUUCGAAAACUUUUUCAAUAAUGCUAUAGUGCUUCCUAUUGUGGACCUAGGCAAUGAGGGUAUCAGAAAGCGCCAGCUGCAGCAACUCAUGCUCACCGACUUACGACUCUUUAUGAUGUAA